CCAUGUACUCACUGUUUCUUUUCAGAAGAAGGGGGUGCCAAACCAUAGAGUUGCAGGCAUCCUCACAGACUUUAAUUUCUUAAACAAUUUUUUCAGCUGGACAGGGAAUUCUGUGGCAUCAUGAAAAAGCUGGGACAGAUCAUGAUGGCUGUCUCAGGAGAGCAAGCUAUGGCUGGAGAGAAAAUGCUCAGGAUGCCCAGCUGCCUCCUAAAGCCCACCAGGGUCAUGCUGAGCCACAAGCCCUGGGCACUGUUUAUCCUCAUCUUUGUGUUUGUGUCCUUUGCCUACCACAAGUUGUACUGGGGCAUCUGGGAGGACCCAAAGAGCAGAGGCCCCCUCUACGGCUCGUCUGCUGAAAUCAGCUGUGCUCACUAUGUGCCUUCUUCCCUCAACAUUGCUGGUGGGCCCUCUCCUUCUACAGGAAGUGUGUUUUUUGUGGAGACCUCAGAGCAAACUACCCCAAGUUACCUGUUCUCAUGCUCUGUGGAGUCAGCAGCCAGGGCACACCCCGCAUCAAGAGUCGUGGUGCUCAUGAAAGGCUUGGCCAAAGAGAAUGCCUCCUUACCCAGGCACUGGGCUUUCUCCUUGCUGAGCUGCUUCCCCAAUGUGGAAAUCCAGCCCCUGGACUUGACAGACCUCUUUUCUGGAACACCUCUGGCACAAUGGUACUUGCAGCCUCAGAGGCAGCAGGAGCCUCAUUUUUUACCUGUCCUCUCUGAUGCCUGCAGGAUUGUCCUCAUGUGGAAAUUUGGUGGCAUCUACCUGGAUACAGAUUUCAUUGUGCUUAAGAACUUACAGAACCUCACCGAUGCACUCGGGAUUCAGGAUGAUGUUGAACUGAAUGGGGCCUUUCUGUCCUUUAAGCCCAAACACAAGUUCAUGGAGCUUUGCAUGCAGGACUUUGUGCAGAAUUACAAUGGCUGGGUCUGGGGCCACCAGGGCCCAAAGCUCCUAACUCGUGUCUUUAAGAAAUGGUGCUCCAUCCAGACUAUCAAGAGCAUGAGCUGCAAAGGUGUGAGUGCUCUUGCCCCAGAAGUUGUUUAUCCCAUUCCCUGGCAGGACUGGAAGAAAUUGUUUGAGCCAGUCAGUGCCUUGGAGCUUCGCAAACUCCUGAAGAACACCUAUGCAGUGCACGUAUGGAACAAACUGAGCCAUGGGACCAAGUUAGAGAUCCCCUCCCAGGCUCUGCUGGCUCAGCUCUAUUCCCAGUUCUGCCCUGCCACCUACACAAAGAUGAAACAGGACUCUGAAGAGUUGUCAAGGGGUGCAGUGUGACCUGAGGGCCCUUGGCUGCAGAGAUGUUCCCCAGACCGAAGGAAACCGAGUGCCUUUGACAUUCUCCAGAGUUGGUUUCUAGACCCCAGAGCAGGUGUUCUGCGUGACAGCUCUGUGGUUUUGUACCAUUUCUGUUCUCUGCCUCCGAUCCUUUGAGUUCCAAAUUUACAGCAGAACCUGAGUUCAGCCUCUCUUGCUGUCCUUCAGGAGACCUCUUGCUGCAAGGGAGGUUGAACUUGUUCUUCAGCAUCCCUCAGCUGGUCCUCUCUUGGUUUUCUCCAACAGCUCCUCCUGUGGAUCCCGGCCUGAGCAGCCCCUUGUGAUUUUUCAGCAGCUGUAAAGACCCUUGGCUUGCUCUCUGUGGCAUUUCUCGGCUUGUGAACCACUGCCAGUAGGUGCCAAAGGGCACAGUUAGCUGGAGCUCAGAACAGAACUCACUGGCUGGCAAGGAUCCUUUACGCCUUGAGAAAUACAUGAAGAGGAUAUGCAAAUUGCAGGAUUUAAUAUCCCUGCGCCUCUCAGUGUGAAAUUCUUCUAAACUUCUAAAGUGAGAAAAGUUGAAAUGGUGUUUCCUACUGUUUCCAGUUCCACAGCAGUGGGAUGACUUUUCUGGGACUCCUCAGGAAAACAAACAGACAAAAGCAGUUCAUUUAGGAGUGGAAAUAUAAAGUGUCUUGCUCUGCUGAAGUAAUUCUUGUAGGAAACCAACAUCUAACCAGCCAUUGUCACAUUCUGAAGAGUCUCAGCAUUGCCUGUUUCUGCAGUGCUGUGAGGAGGAUUACGUCUCUGUGAUUGGAAUAUGGAGCCCAUUGUGGAAGUCCAGAGGAUAACAUGUCCAUAUCAACAGAAAGAACAGGUCCAGGAUUCAGAGCAGUGUCCCCAGGGACAGAAAUAAAAACUCAGAAGCGCAUGAAUGUUGGAAAAGACCUUCGAGAUCAUUGAGUCCAACCUUCAAUUCCAGUAUCAUCACGCUCACUGGCCUUUUUCCCAUGUGUACUCAUUUUUUGGAGUGCUUCCAGGGAAGGUGACUCCACCACUUCCCUGGGGAGCCAGUGGAACACGGUGCUUAA